CAACACAAGGAGAGGGCAGAGAGAGAACCAGCAGGAAUGGAAUGGGAGCUCCUGGUGAUCUGGGCACUUUCUCCUUCAUGUUACUGACCUGGGAGGAUCCACUUUAGGACAUGGAUCCCAAAGGAGCAAGAGGUACCAGGAAGCACCGCUGAUCUGCACAGACCCCCUGUGCCUGCUGCUGCCCCACAGUGAACAGCCAGGGACCACAUCCCACUGCCUGCCCAGUGUCCAUCCAUGGAGGUGACCACCGUGUCCCCAUCUCCUGCCUCACCCACUGAAGGGGACGAUCUCUGUGAGACAGAUGUCACCAACGUGGCCAUACACAGUGUGGCACUGCUCAUCUGCCUCUGUGGGCUGGCUGGGAAUGGGACUGUCCUUUGGCUCCUCUUCUCCCGCCAUUUGUACAGGAACAGCACCAUCCGUUACAUCCUCAUUCUGACUUUUUUUGACUUCCUCUUCCUCCUCUUUCUGGUCCCCUCCAGUCUGCUUUUCCUGCUGGAGGAUGUGUCCUGCUCUGCCAUCAUGCCCUUGCAGUACGUGUGGCUGGUUUUGCGCCUGCCUCUGGUGUCCUGCAGCCUGUGGCUGUACCUGCUGACAUUCAUCAACAUGAAGAGGUGCAGGUCCAUCCUCUGCCCACUCUGGCACUGCUGCCACCGUCCCCAGCACCUGACAUGGGUGGUAUGUGUUAGACUCUGGGCACUCUCCAUCAUUGUCUUCACUUUCCUUGCAAUUUUGCUGUGCCCAUCCCAUCUACCUGAGCACUGCUGGGUGCCUCUCAUCUCAAAGUAUGCCUUUGAUCUCCUCCUCUGUACUCCCCUCAUGCUCAUUUCCAGCACAAUCAUCUUCAUUAAAGCCAAGUCUAGCUCCCAUCAGCAGCAACUCAAGAGGCUGGACAUUGUUAUCUGCCUCUCUGUGCUCUUCACUCUGCCCUUCAGCCUCAGGAAUUUACUGCAGGUGUUCAGCUAUAUCAUUUUCUCCUCCCAGUUUUUUUUCCUGCUCACCUGCAUCCACAGCAGCAUCAAACCCUUCAUCUACUUCUUGGUAGGGAGCUCCUGGAGGCCCUGCUCUGUGGGGUGCCUCUGGCUCUCCCUCCAGAGGAUCUUUGAGGAGCCAGAAGAAAACUCUGCUGGCAUCGAUGAUCCUGUCGUGGAUGCUGCGCUCUGAGUCUGGUGAUUCCUCUUGCUGCACUGCUGAGGGACUCUGGGACAGUGGCUGAGGGAUUCCUUGAACCACCUGAUCAAUAAAUAUCCACAGUGUCACCCUCCCUCUGCUGGUGCAUCCCCUCCCCCUUUCCAGGCUGCACUGGGAUCUCAGAAAUGCUCCUUAGGCAUCAGCCUUGAGGAGCAGCCCCUGGGCUCAGCUCCUCUGCAGCUCAUCAGAAACACCCUCUGCUCCCAGGAACUGCUGCUCUCCAACAACCUCCUGGGUUUUAGGGACACCCUUGGAAAUCAGUUCACUUCCCUGGAUGGCACAACAUCCCUGUUCCCACACUUUCACAGAAAGCUGCCAGCCCAAAGUGUGGCCAGGAUGAAACAUGGCUGUGACUGAAGCCCAUCUCUUGGGGCCCUGCAAACAACAUUCCAAAAGGAGACCCUUGGAGCUCUCCUGGCCCCAGCAGUGCUGACCAGAACCUCCCUGGGAGUGGGGCCUCUCCCAGCCGGGAUCUCUCCCGUUUGCUGCCCUCGGGUGAUCCCUGAACACCGAUGGGUCCUGGGCCGAUCCCCCAGUGCUCGAGGCUCAGCCCUUGGCACAGUGAGGAGAUGCAAACGGAUCCAGAGUGAGCAUUUCCCUGCCUCCGAGGGGAAUUUCUCACAGGGACCUUGCACUGACUCUGUCUGUGUGCACACACGUGUGCAUCUGCCAUGGCAAAUGUGGGAGCAAUGCUGCUCUCCCAGGGGUUUCAGUACCUGAGAUAUCUCAUUGAGUCAGGC